CUCCACAGCAUGCUCGAUCCAGUUUCCCUCCCUCCCUCUCUCUCCUUUGCCCCUGCCUCCCCCUCCCCUCUCGGCCCUCCGCUGUCCUUCCUUUGCCCCGGUGCCGGACCGGCUCCCACCGGGCCGCGCCCACUUGGUCCCCUGCCUGGCCGGCCGUCCCUCGGCGGCGCAUUCAUGAACCCGGCCGACCACCUGCCGCUGACGAGCGGACCCGAGCCGGCCGAUGGCCCGGACCCUCGGGCCCUGCUGGCCGCAGAUCUAUGCGCACGACUGACCGGGCGCCUGGUGCGUCUGCCGCGCGGCACUCCCGGGCCCCGAGCCGCUGACAUAGUGGCCUUCCAGCCGGAGUACUCGCCCUACUCGCCGGAUCGCCUGCCCGGGGAUUCCCCACUGCUGGUGGCUCCCGCUCCCGGCGUGCCGGGGCCCAGCGGCCAGCUCACGGACUUCCUCUCGCCGCAGACGGACCCGGACCUGAACGAGACACUGGCCGCGGUUCGGCGCCAGUGUCGCAUGGACGAGUCCUUCGGGGGGGUCUUCUGCCAGGAGCUCCUUCGCUUCCUCCGAGGGAGCGCCCUUCCCGGGGCCGGGCAGCAGCCACCACCCGGGCGACCGGGCCGGCCGGCCGCCCGGCGGCACGUCUCCGGCUCGGGCCCCGCCUCCCCGCCAGGCCGCCAGGCCCGUGCUCCCCCGACGAGUGGCACAUUCUCCCUGCCGGGGCAUUUGCAGGACUUCCUGACCGAAGCCCUGGAGGCCGCCGAGGACACAACCGAGUUCUGGGUGCCGGACCGGCGCCGGGCCCUCCGGGCGCUGGACUACCUAAUCCUGCGCAGUGCCUCGGCUCGGGACCACCUGGCCGGACAGCUGCACCAGCUGGUGGACGAUCUGCUGGCCGGAUCGCUGCGGCGACUGCGCGCGCAUCUCCGCCGGACCCGCGGCCCCGGAGCCCGGCGCGCUCGACGCCAGGCCCCCCUUGCCGCGGACUCGGUGGCUACCCUGGUGGAGCCCAUUGCCGGGGACCUGCUGGCCAUCAUGGCUGGCUGGUGCUCCAGCCCGUGGGGCACGGUCCGGGGCGACAUCCAGCCCGGGACUGCCGGCACGGCGGUCCUUCCGCAGGGCGUCCACGCCCUGCGAUUCAACCUGGCCCGCGAGCAUACCCUCGCUCAUCCGGCCAUUGCCCUGUGGCGGGACCUGCUUGUCGGGGCCCCGGCCGCCGGGACCGACACGACUCUGCUGGCCACCUACUGCGCGGUCGUGGAGAAUGCGGCGUCCCGCUUGCCGAAGGCCGACACUUCGCUGCGGUACGCCGAGCGGCUGCUGCUGCGCGUGACGCGGGAGCAACUUCGUGCUCCCUCCGGGCGGGACCAGCUCCGGGCGUAUGCCGCCGCGCGGGGCCUCUUGCCUGCCGCCGCGCAGCCCGAGCAGCAGCCCCGCCCGGAAGACCCAGAGGAGGAAGACGACUUUGACGAUGUGGAUGCUCCAUCGCCGACGGCCGAGCCCGGGUCCACGGAGCUUCCCUUUGAAUUCCCGGACUUCCUGGCCGACGCGGAGUUGCCUUUCCUGGAGCCCGACGACGGACCAACCUCCAGCCCGGGCGCCGAGCCGUGUCCCGAUGUGCCGGCGCCCUUGCCGGAAAACCCGGACUCCUCGCCGGGGGCCAGCGCGGCCCCCACGCCGGGGGCCCUCUUCCCGGACAUCCCCACUCCAUCGACCGUGGCCUUGGGAUCGGAAAUUGUGUCCCUGGCCGCGGGCCUGACCACGGUGCUGGUGUGGCUGGGCGACUUGUGUGCCUGCCCGGCGGAUGGCGGCCACACGGCUGCGCUCUUGGCCCAGGCCGCUGGGCCCUUGAGCCCGGCCACCUUUUCACCCCAUUCGCUGCCGCCCCCGCUGGACGGCUCGGAAUGCCUGUGCCACUUGCGCCUGGGGUCUCUCCCCCUGCCGGCGGACACUCGCGACCAAUUGACGCACCUGCCCCCGGUGCCUGGGGGAUUCACCUGGCGGCCGGACCCGGAGUACCCCUUUUCCCUGGCGACGCUGAGCAUCCCCGAGCCGGGGAGAUCGAGUGGAGGCGGCUUGCUGGCCCUGCUCCGGGGUUUUGCCCGAGCCUUGCUCCGGGGCCUGCACGCCUGCCGGCAGGUUCUCCCGCCGCGGGUGCCCGGCCGCUCGACCGGCGAGAGGCCCACCGCUCGGCACAUGCACAACAAAGCCCCCACGGAAGGGCUGGCCGAUGGGGUCCAGUCUGCUGAGGCCAAAAUCAACGAGCGCGACGUCGCCGACCUGUUGCAAACCUUUGACACGGCCAUUGAGACAUUUUGGGUCCGCGAGAAGGCCGAAAUCCAUGUCACGCCGGCCCUGCUGGAGUUCCGCCGAUCGCUGGUCACCGACUCGCGUGAGGAUGUCCCAUUGCGCCGGUGUGGGGCGCCGCUGCGCGGAGGCCGACUCGAUGCCACGAAGCCUCCCCGCUUGUGCACCCGCAUGGUGCGCAUGUUUUGCGCAUCGCAUGGGACAUGGGUCCCGCGCGAUGAGCACGGACGCGCCCUGGCCGAAGAUGGCGAGCCGGCUGACCAGCCACUGGCCGGGUCCGAAAUCCCCGGCAACCUGGGGCAAGAGCAGGAGAGCGAGGGCGGCGGCGAGGCGGCGGACGCCGACGGCGCGCCACUCGGUGCGGCCGAGCCCGGCGGCCAUGGGUGGGGGACACACUCGCGCAAGCGCCCAGGGCCUGGCUCGCAGGAAGGCGCCCUGGGGGCCGGGAAGCGCCGUCGCGACGUGCCCAUUCGGUUUGCCAGCCCGGGAAUGCCGGACCCCAAUCAGCCAUCUGGCGAAUAGAGCACCCUCCUCCGGUGCCGGCGGUCACCCACACCAAUACACAUGCAGGUGCACAUA